AAUUAAAAGGAACUCUUGCAGAAGGAACUGGAAACGAGAUUAGUUGAAGUACAAGACAGAAUCCUUUUUGUUGGGGGGAUAACUAGACUUGAUCGUUGUGAUUAAUUAUUCAUUUCAUCAGUACCCGAUAUAAGUAAUUGACACAAUGGAGAUCCUAUCAACCAUAGCCCUGAUCCUCAUAAUCCCACCAUGCCUCUACAUCCUCAACUCCCUCUUGACCUCCGACCCGGAACCAAUCCUUGGUAUCUAUUCCCAGCGAGGACGAUGGUUCGGUCUCAAGUACUGGAUCUUCUACUUCAUGUUCAAGCUGAGGAAGCGGCAGGGCACCGCCAAGAAGGGCAGUACGUUGGAGAGUCAGCAAGGUGCUGUAGGAUACGGGAUGUCUCUCUUUGACAACGUUGAAGAUAUGGACAAGGCGCAGCCUCUGCCACCACCGUACUUCUUUCCCAAGGCUGUAGAUGCUGUAUAUUUCAACGGCUCCAACAAAGAUGGCGUCUACGUUGUCACGGCGAUCGCAAGGCGUCAGAACCAGAUGGCCAACGUCCUGACCUAUCUAGUUCUCCCUGGCGUUGGUGUACUUCAGCUCCCCGAUCACCCCGGAACUCUUCUUGAAGACUGCAACCCUGAUAAACAUUCCGUAGCUGGGCUGAGCAUAGAGAGCGUUAAGCCCAUGAAGGAGUGGAAGAUUUCCUACCAUGGAAAAAUGAGACUUGUUGAUGCUAAAAAGGAAGACUGGACAAACGGAAAACUUUUAGAAGUAAACAUGGAUUUAAGGUGGACCGCUCUCACAACUUAUUUUGAUUUUGAUACUGAUCUGGACGCAUCUCUUAUGGCUGAUACUAUUGCAAGGGAGAAGUGGUCGAAACAAUUUUUUGAUGAGCUAAAACGGUCCCAUCAGACACACCAUGAACAGUUUGGACAAAUGGCGGGUUCAGUAGAGGUCGAAGGUCACGGCAAACAGGAUAUUAUAGUAGCAGGAAUGAGAGACCAUUCAUACGGUAACUAUAGAGAUUGGAGUGAGAUCCACAGGUAUGCUAUUCACAUGUUAUACCUAGAAGACGGUACAUGUAUACACGCAGGCAAGAUAUGCUAUCCAGGCAGGUUAUCAUGUUUAACCACAGGUUACGUGAUGAGGCCGGGAGAUUACAAAGUGACCUUGACACACAGUACCUUUGACAUGGUAUCCACGGGAGAGGAUACAUGGAAGAUACCUGAACAAUAUAAAUUCAGCUUUAUCUGUGGUUCAGAGAGAUUUGAGUGUGAUGUGAAAGUAAAGCUAGCACCGUUGUUUUAUAUGGGUAAAGAUCGUGAAGCUAAACUCUACGAGGGUUUCGUGGAGGUCACUGUUAAUGGAAAGAAGGGAUGGGGUAUAGCUGAAUACUGCUACCACAAUCGGGACAAGAAAUCAUAACUGCCUCAUUGCCUGAUCCUCCAAGUCAUGUGCUGCCGUCUUCUGAGCCUUGGGUAAUUUGACACCCAGCCUGAUAUUUUGUUUGAGAAAUAUGCAUUUUGUUGCCACGAUUGGUGUAAAACUAUGAAAAUUUGGUUUUGUUGCUGAGGUUUGUCUUGAUUUGUGUGAACAGUCUAUAUUCACAUUGAAAACAAGCAGUUGGUCUACAUCUCGGGUAGUCUGAUACCACAUGGGCAUAAAGGUGCACGAUCCCCAGAUUCGGAGGGUGCUGUCAGACAUACGUACGUGCUGUGGGCGGCGCUAGCUACCCAUUGACACCGAUGCAUGCAGAUGCCAUGUUCCGAAUGCCCAAGCUCAGACGAUUCUCAGUUUGCCCUUCG